AUGCCCAUUGGUGCCAGCUGCUUCGUUGCAGAGCCGCCGACUUCGGUGCGAGGCACCCGCGCUCACGGAGCCUUUGUUGGAGUACGUCAGGAGCGAGGGAGGCUUGGAAGAGAUCCUUGGCAACGUCACCGUGCGUCUCAACGGCAUCGAGUCCUCUUGUGGGCUAGGCAGGGAUGCGUCUAUCGUUUCUCACGGAGGAGUACACCUUCGGUGGUGAAUGUGUGGCCUUUGCAUGGCGCCAGCCUCGAUGCGGAGGCACCGACGGUUCGCAUCAUCGUGGCCGGUUGGGAUGGAUCCAAAGCCGACGCGGAGGUCUUCUUUGGAUCGCAGCAGUGCGAGGUCAACUUGACCAAACGCCUGGUGCAGCCGUGCCCAGAGUGUGGACAAGGUCAUUGUAUCUCGAACGUGCUCAACGCGGACAUGGCAGCAGUGGCUGGAGAGAUGGCUCAGUCAGCUGUUGCCUGCAAGUGCAAUGACGGCUGGUACGGUGAGAACUGUGGGAAGCCCUGCACAUGCGUCUAUCCUGGCACACUCUCCUGUGACGACGGUGCUAACGGUGAUGGAACUUGCACUUGCGCAGAUCUUCACAACGGAACGAACUGUGAACUUUGUGACAUGGGUCCUGGCACUGAGAAUGUAACCACUGUACAGUCAGAGAACGAAGUAGGAGCAAGGACGCUACUAGGGGCUCCUGGCAUCGCUACUAGGAGCAAGAACGCUACUAGGAGCAAAGGGCAUCGCUACUAG